AGAGAUUUUGCGUCGUGGCAUAAUCUGUGCGGUGAAAGGAAGGGGCAGUGCAUGGCGUUCACCUCAAGAGUUGAGUAGGAGAUCGCUGACCUCCAAAACCCGCCUCAUGUUCAUGUCUUUUCAAGCUUCAGAUCGAUACAAGGACAGUACCCCUUUCUUCCCAUAGCUAAUGGAUUGUGACCCUUAAACCAAUCUUCUUACAUUAUAGGCUCACCUCAAAUUCUCCUUUUUUCAUCUGGGUUUGCUUCAAAAUCACUUUUUUCCCUUUCAUUUCCUCUGCUCCGUUUCUUCUGUUUUAUGCACCUUUCUCUUGUUGAUAAUUUUUAAGUCACAGGAUUGUUGCUAUGGCAGUUGCACCUGUUGAGAGUAUUGCCUCAUUGAGUAGUGAUCUGUUCUACGACAUAUUACGACGCCUUGAUGGCCCUUCAUUGGCCAGUGCAGCUUGCACUUGUGCAGCAUUUUGUUCCAUCUCAAAAGAAGAGAGUUUAUGGGAAAAUGUGUGUUCAUCUGUGUGGCCUUCAACCAAUAGGGAAGAUGUCAAAAGUUUAAUAUCUUCUGUUGGCGGAUUCAGAAAAUUCUAUGCAGAUUGUUUUCCUCUUAUUGUAAACAAGGAGGUAGGAGAGUAUCCAUGGAACAACUAUCUUCAGUACCCUGAUGAUUGGACUGAGGCUGAAUAUUAUGGGGACAUGAAUGAAUCUGAAAGCAUCUCUCCAUCAGAUUUUGUUUCCAUUGUGGAUAUCAGGUUUAAGGAGAAACCAAUCUGCUCCAAAGUUCUAUGGGGAAUUCCAAACGCAAAUGGCUAUGAUGGUUGGUUCUACAACUGUCCUUUUAGGAUUGAUCUUCUCAGUUGUGCAGAUAGAGAUGAUAACAAUGAUGGAGUGGUUACCCUUUCAGUUUCUGAUGGAUUGCCACCAAUUACAUCAAUGGAAAGGGAAAAGAGAGAUGGAAAGCUAUGGCAGGAGCUUCGUGAUGGUCUCUUGCUAAGUUGGAUCAUAGUUAACAGGAAAAUUAAGCAAGCUGCAAAUCUUGCUAGCUGGAUCCCUUUAGAUGGACAAAGACAUUGGCCAACAGAUAAGGAUUUUGUCUUUCGUUUUGGAUCUGUUCUCUCUGCCAAGGACUUUCUUCCUUCUCAAGUAGUGCAAUGCAUCCUCAUUAUGAAGUUUAGAGUGGUUCAGACUGAAGAAGAGGGUGUUCAAACAACUCUUAAAUCAACAGAGCUGAGUAUGCAGUUGGAAGACAUGGAAGGUGCUCAUGUUAAUGGGAGGAACAGUUUGCUUAUUCUUAAGGAAGCACUUAGCUGCCGAAGGAGUAAAAAUUAUAGUGAAGUGCUUGAAUCCUGUCUUACGUACUCAAAAGUGCAAAAUAAGUUGAAGGAGGAGAAGAUUAGAAACGAAAGUAGGUUGGAUACACUUUGUAUUUUAAGUGGCAUUGUAGCUGUACUGACAUUCUGGUACUAUGUUUUGUGAUAUGGUAGGGUUCUGUUCAUUUUACUGGAAUAAACCGAUGUUGUUAUGACAGAUUAUCAACUUUGGCACUCCCCUUUUGUACGUAAGAUUCCUAAUAAAGUAGCUAACGAUGACACCUUCAUUGGUUUGAGAUUUGAAA